GCUAUUGGCAAAUGCCAUCCUCUCCAAUCACCAGAGCAGGGACGGGUUCCCUGACGCCCCAGGGCACCAGCCGUAGCUGGGGGCUCUGGCAGCCCUGGCAGCCCUGGCUGCCCAGGACUAGUCUGGGGAAUGACAGCGUGGAAGGUGCUGCAAGGAAAUCCCUUCCAUGCUUUGUGGCAUGUUAAAAAUGCAGCAUCACCCUCUCUGCUCCAUUUCUUCGGCUGAAAAGCAGAAUUCGAGGGCACAGGGAAACUGGAGGGGCCCAAAGGCCGCCCGCCCCCGGGAGCCCCCGCCCGCCCUCCCUCCACGGCGCCCCCUUCUUGGACUCCCGCUGCCGCUGCUCCAAUGGGCCGGCAGCAGCUUCCUCUUCCAUUCACUCGGGCGGGGACGGAAGAGGGACAGCAAAACUCUAAAAAUAACUCCCAGCACCUAAAAAAAAAAAGCAAAGCUUAGCUGCCCAGCCCCUCCGCCGCUCGCUCCCUCCCUCCACCCACCUUCUGGGGCACAUGUCUGCUUCUUACAACACCGAGGCACAUGGUUCCAGCCAGGCACCGAACCCCACCAGGUCAGAGAGGAAAUCCACAUCUGUGGGACGCUCGGCGCGGAAACACCUCCAGCGAGGGAGGCCGGGGGACUGCAGCCCAGAGAUGAAGGGCUAGACCGGGGCAGCGCUGCUCAUGCGACGGCCGGGAGCGCCUGCGAGCCGGACCUGGUGGAGGAUGCUGCGGCAGGUGCUCCGCAGCGGGCUCCAGGCGUUCUGCCGCACGCUGGGCUUGUGCGUGAGCCGGCACCCGGUCUUCUUCCUCACCGUGCCCGCAGUCCUGACCGUCACCUUCGGCCUCAGCGCGCUCAACCGCUUCCAGCCCGAGGGCGACCUGGAGCGCCUGGUCGCUCCCAGCCACAGCCUGGCCAAGAUCGAGCGCAGCCUGGCCAGCAGUCUUUUCCCCCUGGACCAGUCCAAAAGCCAGCUCUAUUCGGACUUACACACCCCUGGGAGGUAUGGCAGGGUGAUCCUCCUCUCCCCACCCGGGGACAAUAUUUUGCUCCAGGCUGAGGGGAUCCUGCAGACCCACCGAGCGGUGCUGGAAAUGAAGGAUGGGAGGAACAGUUUUAUUGGACACCAGCUGGGCGGGGUAGUGGAAGUACCCAACAGCAAGGACCAGCGGAUCAAGUCAGCCAGAGCCAUUCAACUCACCUACUACCUCCAGACCUAUGGCUCUGCCACCCAAGACCUCAUAGGGGAGAAGUGGGAAAACGAGUUCUGUAAGCUUAUGAGGAAGCUCCAGGAGGAGCACCAUGGCCUCCAGCUCCACUCUUUAGCCUCCUUUAGCCUCUGGAGGGACUUUCAUAAGACCAGCAUCCUGGCCAGGAGCAAGGUCCUGGUGAGCCUUGUGCUGAUCCUGACCACAGCCACCCUCUCCAGCUCCAUGAAGGACUGUCUGCGCAGCAAGCCCUUCCUGGGCCUCCUGGGGGUGCUCACAGUGUGCAUCUCCAUCAUCACUGCCGCAGGGAUCUUCUUCAUCACCGAUGGGAAGUACAACUCCACCCUGCUGGGAAUCCCAUUCUUCGCCAUGGGUCAUGGAACUAAAGGCGUAUUUGAGCUUCUGUCCGGAUGGCGGAGAACCAGAGAGAAUUUGCCCUUCAAAGACAGGGUAGCAGAUGCCUAUUCCGAUGUGAUGGUCACCUAUACCAUGACCAGCUCCCUGUACUUUAUUACCUUUGGCAUGGGGGCCAGCCCAUUCACAAACAUAGAGGCUGUGAAGGUCUUCUGUCAGAACAUGUGUGUGUCCAUUCUGUUGAACUACUUCUACAUUUUCUCUUUCUUUGGCUCCUGUCUGGUCUUUGCUGGCCAACUAGAGCAAAACCGCUACCACAGCAUCUUUUGCUGUAAGAUCCCUUCUGCAGAAUACCUGGACCGCAAACCUGUGUGGUUCCAGACAGUGAUGAGUGAUGGGCAUCAGCAGACAUCUCAUCAUGAGACAAGCCCCUACCAGCAUCACUUUAUUCAGCACUUCCUCCGUGAACACUACAAUGAAUGGAUCACCAAUAUCUACGUGAAGCCAUUUGUUGUCAUCCUCUAUCUCAUUUACGCCUCCUUCUCCUUUAUGGGGUGCUUGCAGAUCAGUGACGGAGCCAACAUCAUCAAUCUACUAGCCAGUGAUUCCCCAAGUGUUUCCUACGCUAUGGUUCAGCAGAAAUAUUUCAGCAACUAUAGCCCUGUGAUAGGAUUCUACGUUUAUGAGCCCCUUGAAUACUGGAACAGCAGCGUCCAAGAGGACCUACGGAGACUCUGCAGUGGGUUCACUGCUGUGUCCUGGGUGGAGCAGUACUACCAGUUCCUGAAAGUUAGCAACAUCAGUGCCAAUAACAAAAGUGACUUUAUCAGUGUCCUACAAAGUUCAUUUUUAAAAAAGCCAGAAUUCCAGCAUUUUCGCAAUGACAUCAUCUUCUCCAAGGCAGGGGAUGAAAACAACAUCAUUGCUUCUCGCUUAUAUCUGGUGGCAAGGACUAGCAGAGACAAGCAGAAGGAAGUCAUAGAAGUGUUGGAAAAAUUGAGGCCCCUGUCCCUGUCAAAAAGCAUCCGAUUCAUCGUGUUCAACCCCUCCUUUGUGUUCAUGGACCAUUACAGCUUGUCUGUCACAGUGCCUGUUCUGAUUGCAGGCUUUGGUGUUCUGCUGGUGUUAAUUCUGACUUUUUUCCUGGUAAUCCACCCUCUGGGAAACUUCUGGCUAAUUCUUAGUGUCACCUCAAUUGAGCUGGGCGUUCUGGGCUUAAUGACAUUAUGGAACGUCGACAUGGAUUGCAUUUCUAUCUUGUGCCUUAUCUACACUUUAAAUUUCGCCAUUGACCACUGUGCACCUCUGCUUUACACGUUUGUAUUAGCAACUGAGCACACCCGAACACAAUGUAUAAAAAGCUCCCUGCAAGAGCAUGGAACAGCCAUUUUGCAAAAUGUUACUUCUUUUCUUAUUGGGUUGGUCCCCCUCCUAUUUGUGCCUUCGAACCUGACCUUCACACUGUUCAAAUGCUUGCUGCUCACUGGGGGUUGCACACUUCUGCACUGUUUUGUUAUCUUACCUGUGUUCCUAACUUUUUUCCCUCCUUCCAAAAAGCACCACAAGAAAAAGAAACGCGCUAAACGAAAGGAGAGAGAGGAAAUUGAAUGCAUAGAAAUUCAAGAGAACCCUGAUCACGUCACCACAGUCUGAAGGGUGUAGACUAACGGAUUAUUUUUCUUUUCCAGUAUUGCACAAUGAUGCAGGGCGAGUAAAGCUCAGACCUCAGCUGCUUGGGCUGGCCAGGGGUAACAAGGCAAGUCAGAUCAAGAGUGAAUUAUUCAUGACACAUCAAGGUGUCCACUUCUUGGGCGGACAAGGGAAUCAAAGAAGGGGAAAAAGUUCUUUGCAACCUUGUUCUCCACUAAAGAUAAGUUUCUGGAUGUGAUUUUAGAGCUCUUGCAAGGAACGGAUGAAUCAAUGGAGUUAGAAAGCUGAAAUAACCAACUGCUUUUAAAAAUAAAAUGCUUAGGAGAAUGGAAAAGAGAGGAAAAGGGGAACUCCAAAUAUUGAAAAAGACAUAGGAAAUGUUAAGAUUGCUGUGGCACUUUCCAUAUUUGUUCUUUGAACAGGUUAGUCAAAGGAAACCUAUGCACUUGGGAAGUACAUAUUUAAUCCUGUCUAAACCAAAGGACUUCCCAAUCCAUUUUAUGUUACCUUUAUAUGUAUAUGUGCAAUAUAUACAUAUACUUAGAUUUAUCUUUAGUGUACAUUGACAUUUGUAUGGAGGAAGGUGUCCAUUUGCAGACAGGCUGGUAUUUCUCUGGAAAGUCUCAUCAGCCUUAGCCAAAUAUAACUGCAUAAUAGCCAUUCAAAAUCAACUCAAGUGUUUCAGCAGCAAGAGUGCUAUUCAACUGUGUGAUAAGCAAGUAAACAGAUAUGAGUCCAUUCGGUUCUUGCUUUGGGUGACUUAGCAAAAAAUACAAAAGACAUUAGAAUUAAUUACAACAUGAACAAGAUUCAAAGUGUCAUGUUGGAGCUAAGUAGUUGAUAUGGGUUCUCAUUGACUUUUCAUGGUUCUCUGUAUUUUGGAAUAUUGAUUUGGCUGCUUUCAGAAAACUCACCUCUGCAAAUGAACACUUUAGACAUGUUGCCCAUACAUAUGUGUAUAAGGCUGCC